AUGAGGAGGAAGAAAAUGAAAUAUAAGCAAGGAACUGAUUCGAACGCUUUACGAUACGCUAAUGAUGUAUUUGGUGAUCCUGAAGAAUUGUUGAAACUUCGGAAAAAGGAUUUGAAGUAUAACGAAAAGAUCGAAAGAAAGUUAGAAGAUGAGUUUGAACCAAUGGUUCUCUCUGAGAAGUAUAUGACGGAGAAAGAUGAUGAAAUUAGGAAGCUUGAUGUUCCUGAGAGAAUGCAGAUAUUUGAAGAAGCCAUUGGAAUUGUUUCCCUAGAUGACAUGAGCAUUCAAGAAGAGAGCAACUGGAUUUAUGCUCGAUUGCUUCAAGAACAAGGGCAGGGUUGUUUGAUUAAUAAGGAUGACAUUGUGAAGUUUUUAGAGAUGUUUCAUGUGCAGAAGUUAGAGAUACCGUUUAUAGCUAUGUAUCGGAAGGAGCAGUGUCGGAGUUUAUUGGACAGUUCUGAUGAUGAUCAUGAUGGUAGUGAUUUCAAUCUUGACAAGAAGCUUGAGACCAAGUGGCAUAAAGUCUUGUGGAUGAUUCAAGAUUUGGAUAGAAAGUGGGUUCUUCUGCGGAAAAGGAAAACCGCGUUGUUUGGUUACUAUACCAAACGUUUUGAAGAAGAAACCUGCAUGUCUGAUCUGAAUAAGAGUCUUUUUGAAUCUGUUAUUAAGUCUCUUCAAGCGGCGGAGACAGAGAGAGAAGUUGAUGAUGUAGACUCAAAGUUCAACUUGCAUUUUCCUCAUUGUGAGAUCGAUGAAGGACAGUACAAGAGGCCGAAUAGGAAAUCGCAAUAUAGCAUCUGCAGCAAAUUUGGGAUUAAGGAAUUUGCAAACAAGUUUGGUUAUAGCGCUGAGCAAUUGGGACUAGCGUUGUCUCUUGAGAAAGUUUUUGUUGAUGAGCUUGAAGAUGCAAAGAAAACACCAGAGGAGAUGGCAUUGAACUAUGAGUGUGCAAUGUUUGGAGAUUCUCAAGCUGUUCUUAAAGGUGCAAGGCAUAUGGCUGCGGUUGAGAUAAGCUGCGAGCCAUCGAUUAGAAAGUAUGUUCGUGGAAUUUUUAUGGAGAAUGCAGUAGUCUCAACGAGUCCAACACCAGAUGGGAAUGUGGUUAUAGAUUCCUUCCAUCGGUUUUCUGCGGUUAAGUGGUUAAGCGAGAAGCCAUUGAGAAAGUUUGAUGGUGUACAAUGGCUUCUCAUUCAGAAAGCAGAAGAGGAGAAGCUUCUUCAAGUAACUUUCAAGCUGCCUGAGAAUCAGAUGAAUAGGAUAAUUAGUGAAUGCAGUGAACACUAUCUAAGUGUUGGUGUUAGUAAGUAUGCUCAACUCUGGAACGAGCAGAGGAAAUUGAUACUGGAGGAUGCGGUUCAUGGUUUUGUUUUGCCGUCAAUGGAGAAAGAAGCAAGAUCCUUGCUAACUAGCAGAGCGAAGACUCAGUUGCUUUCAGAGUAUGGACAGGUUUUAUGGAACAAAGUGUCUUCAGGGCCAUAUCGAAGGAAUAAUAAUACCUCGGAGGAGGAAGCUGCACCGAGGGUCCUAGCUUGUUGUUGGGGACCUGGAAAUCCAGAAACUACAUUUGUGAUGCUUGAUUCAUCAGGAGAGCUGGUUGAUGUGCUUUACUCAGGUUCCAUUGGAUUGCGGUCUCGGGAUGUAAAUGACCAGAAACGUAAAAAAAUGGAUCAAGAUCGUUUUCUAAAGUUUAUAAGAGACCAUCAACCAGAUGUUUUGGCUUUAGCAGCUGUUAAUUUGAGUUGUGUACGCCUGAAGGAUGAGAUUUAUGAGGCUAUAUUCCAAAUGGUGGAAGAGCUGCCGUUGAAUUAUGUAGAUGAUAGGAUUUAUGAUUUUCCAUUGGUUUAUGCGGAUGAAUCUCUUCCUAGGCUAUACGAAAAUUCUAGAAUCUCAAGUGAACAACUACCUCAACAAGCAGGAAUUGUGAAACGCGCAGUUUCUCUUGGACGUUAUCUCCAGAAUCCAUUAGCAAUGAUCUCAACUUUAUGCGGUCCAGGUAGAGAUAUUCUGUCUUGGAAGCUUCAUUCUUUUCAAGAUUUUCUUGAUCCAGAUGAGAAGUAUGAGAUGGUUGAACAAGUUAUGGUUGACAUAACGAAUCAAGUUGGAAUCGACAUUAAUCUGGCUGCGAGCCAUGAAUGGCUUUUUUCUCCUUUACAGUUUGUUUCAGGUCUUGGUCCUAGGAAAGCUGCAUCUUUGCAGAAGUCUCUUGUUAGAGCUGGUUCGAUAUUUGUCCGCAAGGAACUGAUAAAUCAUGGGAUUGGUAAAAAGGUAUUCGUAAAUGCAGCUGGUUUCUUACGGAUUCGUAGGAGCGGGUUGGCUUGUAGUAGCAGCCAAUUUAUUGAUCUGUUGGAUGACACUAGAAUACAUCCCGAAUCAUACGGUCUUGCGCAAGAAUUGGCGAAAGAUGUUUAUGCUCAUGAUACUGUAAGAGGUGAUGAGGAUGAUGCAAUAGAGAUGGCGAUAGAGCAUGUGAGAGAUGAGCCAGCUUCUUUGAGGAAAAUCGUUCUUGAUGAGUACUUGAGAAGCAAGAACCAAGAGAAUAAGAAGGAAACUUAUAGUCUGAUCAUGAGAGAAUUAAGCUGUGGAUUUCAGGAUUGGCGGAGUCUGUUUAAAGAGGUUGAUUCAGAUGAGGAGUUUUAUAUGAUUUCAGGUGAAACCAAAGAAACUAUUGGUGAAGGGAGGAUUGUGCAGGCCACUGUUAAGAAAGUGACAAGUGGUAAAGCCAAAUGUGUAUUAGAUUGUGGAUUACCUGGGAUUCUCUUGAAGGAAGAUUACUCAGAUGAUGGUAGAGAUAUCGUUGAUUUGUCUAACAAACUGUGUGAAGGCGAUAUCGUUACUUGCAAGGUCAAAUCGAUUCUAAAGCAAAGGUAUCAUGUGUUACUUGUCUGCAAAGAAAGCGAAAUGAGAAAGCACAGGAAUCUCGGGGAUGUCGAUGAUUAUUACCACGAGGAGAAACGAAAUAGUGUCCUGAUAGAGAAAGAGAAAGUUCCUAAAGAAAAGAAGCAGUUUAAGUCUCGGAUGAUUGUUCAUCCUCGGUUUCAGAACAUCACUGCCGAGCAAGCAACAGUGUAUUUGUCUGAUAAGAAUAUUGGAGAAAGCAUUGUUCGUCCAAGCUCACGAGGACUGAAUCAUUUGACUUUGAUGAUCAAGAUUUCUGAUAAUGUGUAUGCUAACAAGGAGAUAAUCGAAGGUGAGAAGGAGAACAAAGAUAUAGUGAGCUUACAACGUAUUGGGAAAACACUGAAAAUUGGGAAUGAAACCUUCGAGGAUCUAGAUGAGGUAAUGGAUCGGUAUGUUGAUCCUUUGGUAACUCAUCUUAUGACAAUGCUAAACCACCGGAAAUUUCGGACUGGGACAAAAUCGGAAAUAGAUGAUCUUCUUCGGGUUGAGAAGGGUGUGAAUCCGAAAAUGGUAGUUUACAGUUUUGGUGUUUCUCAUGAACAUCCAGGGAGCUUUAUAUUGUCUUACAUACGAUCCGCAAAUCCGCACCACGAGUACAUCGGUCUAUACCCUAAGGGAUUCAAGUUCAGGAAAAGAAUGUUUGGGGAUCUUGAUAAACUGGCUGCUUAUUUCAAGAGACAUAUCGAUAAUCAAUGA